AUGCGCGUUCUGCGUCGGCUGCAGCAGCGGGAGGGGGUGAACGUGCGCUUGCUGCUGGAAAGCGCGGAAGACGUUUGGUUUUUGUACAACUUUAUUUCGGUGGGCGACUGCGUGCGGGCACAGACAAUUAGGAAAGUGCAGCGGGAAACUGCAGCGGGAGGCGUGGCAGCAGAAACGCGAACAAUUCAACUUUCGAUUAAAGUGACAGCCACUGCCUUCGAAGGCGCGGCGGCGCGGCUGCGGAUUUCCGGGCAAGUGUGUGUCGAUACACCCCACGCGAAGCUGGGCGCGCACCACACUUUGGAAGUGGGAGCUCCUGAAGAGAUCAGUUUAACAAAAGAAGAGUUUGACGCGGAGCACGAGCGGCAGCUGCGCGCUGCAGCAGAUGCUGCUGCCAACGCAGAAGCCCUCGUGCUGCUCAUCCAGGCAGGCCUUGCGAAUCUCUUGUGCGUCAGCAGCAACUUGUCGCGCUGCCUGGCCCGCGUUGCUGCGCCGCUGCCCAGAAGCCGUGCUGCUGCAGCAGGCUACAGCAAGGCGCUGCAGCGCUUCUUCCGCGAAGUAGCAGCAGCUUUGCUGCAGCACGUGGACUGGCAGCAGCUCAAGGCCCUCGUCAUUGCGGGCCCGGGCUUCUACAAGGAGCAGUUCUUCGCCUUCUUCCUGCAGCAGGCGCAGCAGCAAGACCGCAAGCUUGUGCUGCAGAAGCGCAGCUGCGUGCUGCUGCUGCAUGCGUCCUCCGCCUACAGACACGCGCUUAAUGAACUCUUGCAAAAUGAACAAGUCCAGAAACUCCUCGCAGACACCAAAGCCCUCAGACAAGCUGCAUGUAUUGACCAGCUCUACCGCAUGCUCAACAACUCUUACCACAAAGACUCCCGCCGCGCCUUGCUGCACGAGCACUCCAGCAGCAGCAGCAGCAGCAGCAGCAGCAGCAGCUACGAGCAGAGCUCGCUCGUCUGCUACGGGCGUGAAGAGGUGCAGCGCGCUGUCGCUGCAGGAGCUGUCAAGACCCUCAUGGUUAGCGAGGCGCUGCUGCGUAGCUGCGAACUCAGUGAACGCAAGUUCUACGUGCUGCUGCUGCAGCAAGCAGCAGCAGCAGGAGCUGAAACCCUCACCUUUUCAGACCAGCACACCACGGGCGAACAGCUGGGGCUCCUCGGUGGAGUUGCUGCUAUUCUCAGGUUCCCGCUCUUAGAAGAUGAGCAGGUAGAAGAGCAGCAGCAGCAGCAGCAGCAGCAGCAGGCAGGGGUGCUUAGCCAUAAACGGGAGGCGCCCUGA